AUGACGCCAAACAAAAACGACAAAGACACUCCUAUGGAGCAGAGCGAGCUCCCAAGAACGUCAGAGAAUGCGCAAGACCGGCCCCUUUCCGACAAUGCUGUUUCCGAGCCCAACACCACUGUCGCUUUGCGUCCUGCUUUUGGUACCAGCAAUGCCGUCAACUCGCCUGGUCAAAACACGUCCCUUAUGCAUGGAAGUACCUUUCAUGGCGCCAUGGGCUUCAGCAGAGGUCGCGGCGGAUGUGGCAGGGGAAACCGUGGUCGUGGAAGAGGACGAGGCCAGUCCAGUCGUGGACGAGGUGGAAUCCAAAAGCACACGUCCACAUCGCUCACUCAGAAAAUUGUCAUGAACAAGGCCCUGGAUAAUCACGUCAACAACACUAUUACGGCUCCCUCCAGCCAAACUCGCGAUGGCAGUCUCUCUACCGUCAGCACCCCUCGGCAAGCGUACACUCAUAAUAUGGGAACCGAAUAUGACCACAGCAACGAAGUGGCGAGGCGUCGACGUUUGGUUAGAAUGGGACGGACCCCGGAGAUUUCCCAGGUGAAUAAGAACGAGUGUGCUUUCUGUGAAAGGAAGACACACAAGAUCGACAACCACCUCGACCUUCCCAACGGUGACCUCCCAGGAUGCAUUCUGUGUCACAGCAUACAGCACAACACGGAAGACUGCGCCAAAAUAGUUCCGUGGUGGGAUUUACUUUACAGUUGGCUACAGGACGACAGCUCCAGGGGACAACAGUUUCCAGUAGGAUUCCCUUGGUCUAAGAAAUUCACCAAAGAAGUGAGCCGUCGAAACUACGGCCUGUAUAUCCGGGACCUCCAGAUCCAACUUGAUCAUCGCGGUUACCUCCCAGCGGACUUCCCCAAAGACGAAAAGACUGCCACUCUGGACGCAGUCUACCUGAACUACAUCGCUAAAGAUGGUAAAACAUGGGUCGCUGAUCUUGCCAAGAGGGUACUUGGUGAAGGGGGACGCAAUGGGUCAAGCUAG